CCCCUCUUCCAGAAAACAUUAAAAAAGAAACAAAACAAAGGGAAAAAAAAUCCUCUCAUCAUGGCCUAUGGGAGAAGAAGCACAGCUUCUUCAAUCUCCGAUGUCUUCACUCUCAACCCCCUACCAGUUCCAGUCCUUGUGAUCCUGGCAGUGAUCUUUAUCUUUCUAGGCAUAUCUUGGUACUUCAGCUAUGAAUCGGCGGUCGAAACCGCCGGAGAGCAGAUGGGUUGGAUCCUUUUUGCGACGCCUAUCGCUCUGAUACUGCUUGUGAAGCUCCUAUCCUCUAUGGAUGAUCCAGAGAGCUUCCUCACCAGCUCGCCAUGGGGCCGGCGCAGGGCAACUUACAGGGGGCCAUCCGAGGGUAGCUCACCAUGGGGAGUGGCGGCUCUCAUCGUGCUCGUACUUAUUUUGCUCCAGUAUCAGUCUAGCUUUCUCGAGAGUUGGUUUUUUUGAAGCUUUUGAAGCUGAUGAUGAUCAUGUGAAAGUGAUAAACUUGAGGUGUUUAUUUUGUCUUUUCUUUGUUUUUUUUUUUCCUGGAUGGGCAAUCAAGAAGUGGGGUUUCUGUAAACUGGAUGAGACUGAGGUAUAGAGUGUUUUAUGAGGUAGUAAGGGUGAAAGAAAGUCUAUGUGUAGGAGUUGAUUAGUGGUUGAGAGGUUGAUGAGAUGAUCAAUUCUCUCUUCUUUUUUCCGUGUAUCUGCAAAAUAAAUAGCCUGUAAAUUUACCAAUACCAGAGUUACAUGAUGAAGUUGAGGUUGUUAUA